AUGAAAAGAUGUUCUCCUGUCCUCAACACUGCCAAUGGAGUAGCUGUCUGUGAAGCAACCCUUCUAAUUUGGAGGGAUCACUUCAAGACCUUGUUGAACCGGCAAGCGCCGUCAGUUCCUGAACUUGACCACGUUCAUAGGCCGACAUAUGCAGUUAACGAGGAACCACCGGCCGAGUCAGAGGUUCUGGUAUGUAUUCUAAAGAUGAGAAAUGAAAAAUCUGGUGGAGACGACGAACGCGCAGAAAUGCUGAAUUCUGUUCCUCUCUCCGGGAUUCGAGAGAUGACAAAGAUCAUCCGUUCAAUAUUGAUAGAUGAAAGGAUGACUGACUCAUGGAGACACGCUAUCAUAAUUACCCUCCACAAGAAGUUAUCCGUCAUGGACCCUGGGAACUAUCGAGGAAUCUCCUUGUUGCAUCUCAUGUACAAAGUUUUGGAGCGGAUUAUACCGGACCGGCCCAUUAAACAUCGCGAAGAAACAACACGCAACGAGCAAGCUGGCUUUCGUCCUGGCCGAUCUGCGAUUGACCAGGUGUUCAUCGUAAGGAGAAUGAUCGAAAUCUGGCAGCGGUAUUCGAAGCCUAAGCAAUUAGCCUUUUUGAACCUUGAAGCCGCUUCCGAAUCUCCUCAUCGAGGUCGUUUUCUCCACGCGCUCCGCGCCGAUGGAGUACCAGGAAAGCUCGUUCGCUUGUUUGAUGACAUGAAUCAACGAACAACUGCUGCAGUUCGAACACUAGCCGGAUGUACAACACCGUUUGUGGUGGUAACUGGAGUGAGGAGGGGCAGUGGCAGGACCUUUCCUGUUCAAUUUCGCCAUCGACGACAUUAUGCGAAGAACAGUUGGCGGAGAGCAGUACAAAACUUCAACAUGUUGUCAACCUUGUAUCAAAGCUGGCUGCAGCCUACGGACUACGGCUACGCCCUGAUAAAUGCAAACAGAUGA